AUGGAUGAUGAAAUCAGUUCAAAUAAACGUUUCCAGAUGGCAGCUAAUAAUUUUCCUAUAAGUAGUAAUAUAUUUUACGGAAAUCGUAAUCGUGGUGAAGAUUCCGAUGACGAUGAAUUGGACAUCGGAGCUUCUGAUUCCGAUGAGUACAUACCUUCUGAUGGAAAUAGUAGUGAUUCGGAUCUCCCAGAUUCUACUGAAUCAUCUGGAGAAGAAAACGAGGAAAUUGAGCCUCCUGAACAAAUACCUGGAUCAUCUAAGACAACAGUUACUUGCCAGUCUCUAAAAGCUUUUGUUUUUGAACAAAACACAGCAAGAACAACUGAUAUUUCGCCAGUGACAUCAGCAAUGCGGCCAAUUGAUCGGUGGGAAGGUACGAACAUACCGGAGAUCAAACAAUUUUUGGGACUUGUAAUGUAUAUGGCAAUUGUAAAAUAUCCCUCGAUUGCUCACUAUUGGAACACUGGCAACUUUUUCAAGAACUCUUUCGUGCCCAAAGUGAUGUCACGCAACAGAUUUCAGCUGAUUCUAAAGUUCAUCCACUUUGCAGACAACUCGGCUUUUAGAGGUAACCGAUUAGGAAAGGUGAGUACACUCCUUGAGCUUCUGGAAAGUAACUUUGUAAACGCGCGAACUCCGAACGAAAUCUUGGCUGUUGACGAAUCUAUGAUUCCAUGGCGUGGUAGACUCCAAUUUCGCCAGUAUAACCCCGGAAAAUCACACAAAUAUGGUGUGAAAGUUUACAAGCUUUGUGAUCCAUACGGUUACACCUACACCAGCUCAAUAUAUGCAGGAAAAACAGAAAGCAACAUCCAAAGAGGUAGACCAACCCCAACAACCUCACACUCGACGCAAAUUGUCUUAGAACUGGCCGAAAAAUAUUUAGAUCAAGGAAGAACUAUUGCAAACGAUAACUUUUACACAUCAGUGUCUCUAGCCAAACAUCCCCUUGAUCAUCAAACUCAUGUUUUUGGUACCCUUCGGAGUAAUAGGACAGGAAAUCCAAAAGAGGUUGCUAAUGCUAAGCUAAAAAAACAUGAAGUAAAAGGCAUGGAAGACUCGGGCAUUGUAGUUGCUAAGUGGAAAGAUAAACGGACGUUCUCAUGCUAUCCACUAAACAUGGCUUGGAGGAAGUAG